CAGUUUAGCAAAUCACUCAGCAAAUCAUUUGCGAGCGAAUCAUUUGUGUUACGUUUCAUGCUUUCUUUUAUAUACUAGGCCUGUAGUGUAACUAAUGGCCAGUGAUCCCAGUGAUCAAGAAGCCUCACUGUGUGUGCUCACCAAUGAAGAGUUCCAGAGUAUCUGUAAUUGGAGUAUAACAGGACAAGUGACUGCUAUCCAGAGAACAGUGGAGAGUAUCCUAGCCUCAAGCAAUAGUCAAAUCGGUCCAGCCACCUUUUGCCCUGAUCCUCUAUCACAGAAGUCUUCUCCUCUGGUCUUGGCAGCUCAGUAUGGGAAGAAAGAAGUCGUUGAAUACUUCCUGGAUAAUUUUUGGUCUGUCAUUGACAUUGACCACACGGCUACUAUUGUUUCACUCACCACACAGAAGAAAGUGCACUGUGCUACAGCGCUAUGGGCUGCCAGUACGGGAGGGUACCUGGAGAUUGUGGAGCGUCUAGUUAGACACGGGGCCCAAGUCAACAAGGCUACACUCACCCAAUCGACCCCACUGAGAGGAGCCUCCUUUCACGGGCAUUUAGAAGUGAUGAAGUAUCUGCUGAGUAACGGAGCUGAUAUAAACACUCCUAAUUGUAUCGGUCAGAGUCCGCUGUGCAUAGCGGCAAUGAGGGGACAACUAAAAGCGGUCAUGUUUCUUAUCGAUAAUGGUGCUGACAGGGAACAGAAGACCAUUAAUGGCUACUCUGUGAUCCACCUCUCAGCCACCAAGGGAAGAUCCAACAUUGUCAAGUACCUCCUCUCAAUUGGCGCUAGUCCUCAAUUCCAGCCUUCCGAUCCCAACAACAGUGACUAUAUCCCUUGUCCUCUAUUUCUGGCUGCCUCCACUGGCCAAAGGAAAAUGGUAGAAGAGCUCAUCAACCAUCCUGACUGCCCGGCUAUUUGCAGAGCCGAUGCCUUAUUGUUACUUGGUUCCACACGUUGUGAGAUUAGCACAAGAGGACUGACAAUGAGCUCGAGAGAUUUAUGGGCAAAAGCACUCGAAUUACGCGAGCAAGAGAACAUACAAGUCGAGUUUCUACCUCCCAUCGAUAGCUACGGUGAUCGUGUCGAGAUAAAGAAUCUGGAAGUCUUCAACAAGUUAUCAGCCGAGGGUAACUUCAAUCAGUACGAGGCAUUAUUUCAGAGCUUGAUUAUUCGAGAGCGUUGUAUGGGCUACGGAGAUCAAGGACUGGUGUAUUUUCUCAUUAAACGGGGAAUGCAUUUCUGCAAUAUAAUGAAGUACAGCGAGUGUGAGCUGCUGUGGUUUCGAGCGAUGGAUAUGGAGAUCCGUGUAUGCGAGUUGGAGAUUGGACAUGCUCGGUACGGUCAUUCCGAAGGUCUACAAAGAGAUCUUGAAAAGGAUUUAUCUCAGUAUGCAUACGGCAUUUGGCACAUGGUACACGACAAAUACCGACCAAAUUUCCAUCGCUAUGUUGAGUUUGGAUUUAAGGAAUUGGAGAUUCUCUCUUGCCUUCGUGACAAGUCUGACAAUGCAAUUUUCAUCGAUAUUCAGAAUAUCAUUGGUAUUUUGCUGUACAUAAUGACAUCGUGGCUUUAUUAUGAUACAGAUGUGAGCGCUGAAAUCUUACCAGAAGAUGCAUUUUGCUCGGCUGAAUGUUAUGAACUAGGAACUAAAUUCGUUGCCAAGUGCCUACGAUUCUCAAAGGAAACCUCACUCCUUCAUUACGCUCUGACAGAUUUUGUAAUCGUCGAAGACGACAAGUUGGUUCCAGUGAGCGAAAAGUACAUGAAUCUAACUCCUCUCAUCACUGCUUUGCUACACUGGGGUGCGUUUGAGGUCAUCGAUGAACCGAACUCCAGUGGACUACGACCGAUCCACGUAGCGGUGGAAACUGCCAAUAAACGAGCAGAAGAACUUCAAGAAGUUGUCUCACCUCUAGCUUCUGCUGGAGCACAUAUCGAUGCUGUUGACAGUACUGGCUGCACCGUGUACACACUUUGUUCGAAUGAUGUCGUCUCGGUUGUACUCUAUUCAAGUGGACCUCUCCCACUCACUUGUCAGUGCUCGAACACUAUCGUUAGAGAAAGAUUACCCUAUGAGACUAUUGGACUGCCUCCACAUAUGGUCAAAAUAGUUAGGUUGCAUGAUAGGCAUUGUGUGUGACAAUGUGUACUGUAGCAUAAUUUUUUAUUAUCCAGGCUGAUUUUCUUUGUUUUUUAAAUUUGCUAGUGAUGAUCA